AUGGUACGUCCACUAAUUACGUUUACGUUUACGUUUACGUUUACCGAUGAUCAAACUUGUUCACUUUGCUAUGAGUAUCAAGACACUCAUCACAGAUCUUCUCAUCGAUGACAAGCCUUGCAAGUCAAUCUAAUUCAUGAGAUGAAUUCUUUUUGUACUGUUAGGUCAUCGAAUGCAAUCUGCGUGCAUCUCGCUCGUUUCCAUUCGUAUCCAAGACAGUGGGAACGGACUUCAUAGGUGUGGCAACAAAGAUCAUGGUGGACUAUCCCCUGCAAGAACAUACACUUCCCCAUCUGGACACUCCCCUGCAGCCAUCUGGAUAUGUGGGCAUCAAGGUUUGUCCGCGCAUUCUAUUCUGGUUAUUCUGUUUACACUUUUUAUCAGCAACUGCGGCAGGACUAGCUUGACUGCUGGGCGGGAAGUCGCGGGUUCGAUCCCCGGGGCAGACCAAUAUUCGGGAUCCUAAAAUAACUGAGAAAUGAAGGUACUGCCUUUGCCCUGCAGACGGCUAUAACCUGACAUGGCUUAGAUGACCACGUAGAAAUGGUGGCCCGUGAUUUCAACUCGGGACGACCGAGAAACGAUUUCAGGUAGAGGUCCGAGAGGAAUUCGAACCCAGAAGUUCGACUCGUAAACCACUCGGCCCACUCUUGGACAACCUUGACAACUAGUUCCUAUUUCUUAACUCGUUGGGUAUUCUUUUCAGGCGCCAAUGUUUUCAUGGCCUCGGCUGCGUGACGCCGAUCCACUGUUGAAAUGUGAAAUGGCUUCCACUGGCGAGGUAAGAACAAAAAAGAAUUGCUGUAGGCAGUAAUUGACUGUAACCGCAAACUUUGACUCUUUGAACAUAACUUUCGCGCCAAAAUCGUUGUUCCAACUAACUUACUUUGGCGUCGUUUCCCUGCAGGUUGCUUGUUUUGGCGCGAAUGUUCAUCAGGCGUUUCUCAAGGCUUUGAUGUCAACUGGCUUCCGGCUUCCUAAGAAAGGCAUUCUGAUUGGUAUUCAGGUACGUUGAUUGACACCCUAGCGCUGCUCUCAUUCAAUCAGGCACGUGGGUCAUUGUGCAAUUUGAUUUCCCCACCCGUAAAAAACGUCUGUACCUUUAAGUUAAUCACAAGAUUUCUCUAGGGAGUAGACAAGAUUUGUUUUAUUCUCACGUCAUCUAAGCCCCCCUCCCACCCGACCCCCCUACAUGUAGGAAUCUCGCCCCAGUUCUACUCCCUCUCCACAGACCCUUCAUCUAACAGCUGACACUUGAACACAAGACUAUCUUUCUCGACUGAAUCCAUUCCACGAAAAAAACUAUGUAAGAAGUCGAGGAUAAUUGAAAAGUUUCAUUCAUGCCUCUAAACUUUAUUUUGUCAAUCCAAGCGUCGAGUUGGUGCCUUUGGUUUCAGAAAUACGGAAAGGUUGGCAGCUCGGGUUAUCGUAGGCUUGCGUUUUAACUAAAGUGAGAAGGGACACACUAUUUAGCCAGACAACUUCGUAAUCGUUGUAACGCCAAGGCUAGAUGAUCGUGAGUUUUAUAUACAUUAAUUUAAUGGCUUUAUAUUUUCAUUUUUUGAACAGCAAUCCUUGCAACCGAAGUUCCUUCCAACAGCAAACAAGCUGCAUAAACUGGGAUUCACGCUGUACGCUACGGAAGCCACCUCGCAGUAUCUGAAUGAACACAAUAUUCCAGCUCAGCCAGUAGAAUGGCCGCUUCACAGUGCUGGAGUAAACUCGACAGCUACCAGGUAGAUUUUAGUCACUGCUUAUAACCGUACAUGCCUCUUGAAUAAAAAAAAAUCAUUUUUUUUCUUCGUUACUUACGAACUCAGUUCCCUUAACUCUUAGAAAAGCUGCCACAGUUAACCUUCUUAGGAGAAAAACUAGCUGUUUUCAUCUCAGAGGGUGGAGGGCGAGUUAGUUUUCCUCUGUUUGUCUACGUAGUAGUUUUCGUAUUAUCUUUAAAACUGCAGUUCGAAGUUCGCGUAAACGCCAACAAUACAAAAUUGGAUUAAUUGACGAGUUCAUAAACAGCACAGUAUUUGUCAACUCCCACUCCUGUCUCUGAAGUCUGCUGUGAAUAGUUAAAACAACUAUUCCUGUGAACAUUGGAAAAUAACACAGAAUCAUACAGAUGUAAUAUAUAAAAGUGUUUAAAGCACUUCUCUUCCAUCGCGCGAUGUUCAGGUUGUGAUCAGAACUGACAUUUCGCACUGUCUGCUGUUGAAAAUGAAUUAGAAGCUGAUGUCUACGAACAAUUUGAUAAAUUCUGAUGUACAAAACAGUAGAAACCAAGAAGCAAAUGGCAAUUGCAGGGACAAAGGCUAUCCUCGCGUAGGUUCUGUUCCAUACGUAAAGACAUGAUGCAGAGAACAUCAAGAACCAAAGAGUUAGGGAUGUGCAUAUUGCGCGCUUAUUCGUCAUCAGAUUCGGGUAUCGCAGAUGAUAAUGAAGAGCAAAAAACCGAUCUAAGCUUAUCGCUGUCAUUAGGGAGCUUAAGCAGCAACGUUUUUGAGCGACGCACGUCAACCGGAAGUGGCCUUUUUUCAAAUUUUGACGGUGGUUUCGCGCAAAUUUUCAGUCAAAUCGCCUCUAUAACAGUAAAGAAGCUAAGGAAUACAAAUUUUAUAUCAUCAAGGCAUGUUAAGAGGGAAAAUACCUCACUUCCGGUUGACGUGCGUCGCUCAAAAACGUCGCUGCUUAAGCUCCCUAUUGUACACAAAGAAACACCACAGCCUAAAGACGAUAAAGCGUCGAAUGCAUCUUUAAAUCCCUGUUCAGGGUUAAGUUGAUAUGCAAUGUAAACCGGUUGUACCACCAAGCCAACAAGAAGAUCUGAGACAGCGAGACUGCACAAGAACAGUAUGGAAGGUGAACGAAGAGAAGGAGUUGUUAAUAUGGCGACCAGCACGAAAACGUUCCCAAUGAUCGAUGGGGGCAUUAGCAGAACAUUAAGCAGACAAUUCGUCACGAUAAAAAUAUCCAUCCUCUUUCAGAUUUUUGGCUCGAGCGGUAGCAAGUAAAGUUUCAUAGUUUAAGGUUUCCCCGUGAUAAGAAUUUAAUACACCACGAAAAUGAGGCGACUGAAAGACAAAUAUCAAUAACUUGUGGUGCUCCGUGUCAUUUUAAAAGCAUUUGUCCCUUUUUGAUUCAUCCCCUUCAUAGCAAGUGUAAUCAAACUCCCUGCAAAGUUGAAUUGAGAAAAACGCACAGGGACAAUACCUUUUAAAUUAUUUCCACCCAACGUGAUUACACUGGUUGAUAGCAAUAUAACUGGCUUUGUUUUGUCCCUUUGCAAUAAAAAGAAAUAUAAUGAGAAAUUGCUUAGAAAUCUUAUCUAAACAGUGUUGACAAUUAUUGCUGUGGCCACUAAAGGGAACGAGAGGUCGUGUUUUUUUAAUAACCGCUUUUCUAUACCCGGGCAAUAUAAUACAAAGGUACAUUGUACAGAAAUAAUAUUAUUUUGCCUUUUAAAAAUGAACAUCUGCUAGGACAGAAAUUUAAAUAUGCUUCCUUAACCAGGCUUGUUCCGUCAAUCUAUUAUUUUUUCCGUUUAUUUGUUAUAUUUUAUUAUUUAAUUGAUUUAUUUUGUGGACAGAGACAAAGCCAAUUUUUAGCUAUCUUGAUCAAAAAAGCAUGGUCAUUAAAAGAACCUCCAAAUAUGCUCUUGCGGUAAAAAGCGGUUAAACCCGAGUGGGCAAAAUACGUUGAAACUUCUUUAUAACAGAAAUUUGUGGAAAAAACCUUUAUAUAAACAGGGUGUCAAGCGUCCUAUAUAUUCCUAUAAAAUCCUAUAAAGUCCUAUUUUUUCAGACUUGUCCUAUAAACUCCUAUAAAUUGAGGUAAAUCCUAUAUUUUCCUAUAUUUUAAGCCUUCUUGUAAAAAAAAGAAUAUUCAAGAAAUGUAAAAGUUGUAUUGGCGUUUAAAAUCCACAAUCCAGGAGAUUUUUUGUCACAAAUAUCUGUUAGAAACAGCUUAGAAAGCAAAUUGCCCAAUUUGCACUCUUGCAAUGCAUUGUGGGUUGACUGUGGGGGGUCUUUCUGGCUGCCAUGUUGGUGUUGAGAGGUGAGUUUAUAUUUUACAUCCAUUUCCAUCCUCUUUGUAUUCUAACAAUAGCUGUUUAUCAUGGUAAAAUGGGGUUGACAGACCUGCGCGGCUCCUGCUGUGUGACCGUUGUGUUGUUAUAAGCCUUUACAGUUUUGCUUUAACAAGCAUGUCUUUAAGCGACUUUCCUUUUCUAUAAGAGAUCAAGGGAGGUUCCUUUAACAGCUGCCACCUACCAGGCGUUAAAAAAGGUUUUGUCAAAGGAGAGGCUCUUAGACUUCUAAGAACUAACUCUUCUAAAGUCAUAUUUGACAAGAAUAUUAAAAACUUUAAAACACGCCUUAUCUCGAGAGGCUACCCAGAGAGUAUGGUAGAAAAGAUCCUCUCAGAAGUUAAAUAUGCAGAUAGAGCGACAGCUCUGACACAAAAACAGAAAGCGCAAAAAAUGCUUUUACCCUUUGUCACGCAAUUUCAACCGUCAUUACCAGGUUUGAAAAACAUACUAAUGGAAAAAUGGCAUUUAAUAGAAAACCAGCCACUACUCAGAGAGAUAUUCAAGGAACCUCCCUUGAUCUCUUAUAGAAAAGGAAAGUCGCUUAAAGACAUGCUUGUUAAAGCAAAACUGUAAAGGCUUAUAACAACACAACGGUCACACAGCAGGAGCCGCGCAGGUCUGUCAACCCCAUUUUACCAUGUGUUGAGUUAUUUGGCCUUGUAGCAUAUAAAUUUCCUUGCUUGUUACUUGCAUUCACAAAAGUGUCAGUACUGAGUUUUGAACUCGAACCAGUUUAUAUUGUUUAUAUUGUUGAACUGAAAGGAUGUCAGAUUGCCCUUCUUAUUGAUCUCACAAGCCGAAGAACGUAUUGUUAGUAAGAUGAGGUAAUGAUUCCAGAAAAAAAAAAAUAAAGAGAUUUUUGAAACCGAAAAAGUGUCUUUCUUUUAUUGACUUUCAAUUGGCAACAUAUAAAUAAUGAUAUUAAAUUGUCUUAAAACUAAAGAACCUUACGUUGGGCCUAAAAGUGACUGUCAGAUUAGUCCUAUAUUUUUGCAGUUUUGGUGGGUUUUGUCCUAUAUUUUCAGGUUGUUGAGUCCUAUAUUCCUAUAUUUUUGGACCCCUAAAGUGCUUGACACCCUGUAUAAAGAACCCUUGGUUACAGCCAUUCCCAGUCCCUUAGCCAUCUUGCCCUCUAAAACAGACGAAUCAUAACACACCAUUCAUUUCAUCUUGGCUGAGCAGCCGUAUAGCAAUAGUUGUUAGGGAGUUUAAGAUGUCACUACGGCGACGGCAACGAGAACGUCAAAAAGCAAUAGGUUUAGGUUAGCAAAACAACAACUUCGCACGUGCAUUGCGCUUUUUUGUACAUUUCUUUGCCGUCACUGCACGACUACGACGUGAAUUGCCUAAUUUCACGUUUUAUCGACAACGUGAACAUACGACGACGAAUUUCUCUUUCUCUCUUUAAACUUUAAUAUCUUUUUUUAGGAAUUCAAAUCCAGGAAAGUUUUCCUACAUUAGACAAAGUGAGCGAGUUGUGAUAAUCGCGCUACAGUUUAAAGAACAUGAAGUCACUUUUUAAGUGGCGUUUUCUGCCGCCGUCGCCAUGGUAUCUUAAGCGACGGACCAUUAGAAAAGUUAUGGGGGUGUGGGAUAUUUUCGAGCCACAGGAAUUUUUUUUCAUUAUCAAAUUCCAGGUAUGAUUUUUUUUAGGCCGUAGCAUGAAUAUUUUUUAGGGUUAAUUGGCGUGCACGAAUUUUUUUCAUUUAAUUUUCCUUUGCGCGAAUAUUUUUUUUGUUCUUCGCCCCCCCAUAAGUUUUCUAAUGGUCCGUCCCUAAACUCCCUGUUAUUGCAGUUGUCGGCGGGUCAUUAUGCAUAAGUUCCGUUAUCUUGUGUCUCACGAGAGAAACUCCGCUAUUCAUCGUGAUGUUUCGGCCGCUCACAGCUGUUCUUCAUCAUGCGAUGUUGUCAUGUUGUAGAUUGAUCCAGGACAAAGUCGUGGACCUCGUCAUCAACCUGCCCAAUCAGAACACAAAGUACAUCAAGGACAAUUACCUUAUAAGGAGAGCGUCUAUCGACACCGGUGUCCCGCUCAUCACAAACUUAGAGGUAUGACGUCAUUCUUCUUUUCAGGUAGCAACCGUCCAAUGGCCAGAUCUGGACACCUAAGAACCACCUUAUUCAGAAUAAUAAACAGCACUACUGGAGAGUGCUGCUUAAUAGCUUUCAUUUGAAUGGUCACACCAUAGGACUUCAUCCACAGACUCAAACGUUAGAACCACCUUGCACAGCAUAAUAAACAGUACCACAGUAAAGCAACGAGCCAACUGCUCUCGAGCGCCCGCAACUUUUCCUUCCACGUUUAAUAUUUCAUUUCCUUUGUCGCGUUUAAUCUUCAUUUCCUGUCACUUGUCUGUUUAGGUUGUAAAGAUGUUUGCUGAAUCUCUCUCUGGUGCUGGCAAAAUAGAAGCGACAUCUUUAUUUCAUUACCAGAAGUCUUCCAAAAGAAAAGCCACUCCUUGA